GAGGCACAGAAGAGGUCCCAGGGUGAGAGUGAGGAUUCAGCCAGGGCCAAGGUCAUAGUGUCAAGUUCCCAACAAGGCAACGCAGAGAAGCCCCAACGAAGGUCAUGGAGGGGGGCCCAGCUGUCUGCUGCCAGGACCCUCGAGCAGAGCUGGUGGAGCGGAUGGCAGCCAUCAAUGUGACCCAUUUGAAAGAGGAAGAUGGAAACCCAGAGCCUCCCAGGAAUGGUGUGGACUCUCGGCCCCGGGCUAGAGCUGCUUCUGUGAUCCCAGGCAGUGCUUCAAGGCUCCCCGCAGCACGACCCAGCCUCUCAGCUAGAAAGUUCUCCUUGCAGGAAAGGCCAGCGGGAAGCUGCCUGGAAGCCCAGGCUGGACCUUAUGCCACAGGCCCUGCUAGCCACAUCUCUCCUCGUGCCUGGCGGAGACCUACCAUUGAGUCCCACCAUGUGGCCAUCUCUGACACAGAGGACUGUGUGCAACUCAACCAGUACAAACUGCAGAGUGAGAUUGGCAAGGGUGCCUAUGGCGUGGUGAGGCUGGCCUACAACGAAAGUGAAGACAGACACUACGCAAUGAAAGUUCUUUCCAAAAAGAAGCUACUGAAGCAGUAUGGCUUUCCUCGUCGCCCUCCCCCAAGAGGUUCCCAGGCUUCCCAGGGAGGACCAGCCAAGCAGCUACUGCCCCUGGAGCGGGUGUACCAGGAGAUUGCCAUCCUGAAGAAGCUGGACCAUGUGAAUGUGGUCAAGCUGAUCGAGGUCCUGGAUGACCCAGCUGAAGACAAUCUCUAUUUGGUGUUUGACCUCCUGAGAAAGGGGCCGGUCAUGGAAGUGCCUUGCGACCAGCCUUUCUCCGAGGAGCAAGCUCGCCUCUACCUGCGGGACGUCAUCUUGGGCCUCGAGUACUUGCACUGCCAGAAGAUUGUGCACAGGGACAUUAAGCCAUCCAACCUGCUCCUGGGAGAUGAUGGGCACGUGAAGAUUGCUGACUUUGGUGUCAGCAACCAGUUUGAAGGGAAUGAUGCUCAGCUGUCCAGCACGGCGGGGACUCCAGCAUUCAUGGCCCCUGAGGCCAUUUCUGACUCCGGCCAGAGCUUCAGUGGGAAGGCCUUGGAUGUAUGGGCCACUGGAGUUACUCUGUACUGCUUUGUUUAUGGGAAGUGCCCCUUCAUUGAUGAGUACAUCCUUGCCCUGCAUAAGAAGAUCAAGAACGAACCUGUGGUUUUCCCGGAGGAGCCUAAGGUCAGCGAGGAGCUCAAGGACUUGAUCCUGAAGAUGCUGGACAAGAAUCCUGAAACAAGAAUUGGGGUGCCCGAUAUCAAGUUGCACCCCUGGGUGACCAAACAUGGGGAGGAGCCCCUGCCCUCAGAGGAAGAGCACUGCAGUGUGGUAGAGGUGACUGAGGAGGAAGUAAAGAACUCAGUCAAGCUCAUCCCUAGCUGGACCACAGUGAUCCUGGUCAAGUCUAUGCUGAGAAAACGUUCCUUUGGGAAUCCAUUUGAGCCCCAGGCACGCAGGGAAGAGCGUUCCAUGUCUGCUCCAGGGAACUUAGUGACGAAAGAAGGGUAUGGUGAAGGAGGCAAAAGCUCGGAACUCCCUGGCGUCCAGGAAGAUGAGGCUGCAUCCUGAGCCCCUGCAUGUGCCCAGGGCCGCCGGUAGCAUGUUCAUCCCACACCUCCAGAGGCCCACCGCCCUCAUGCAACAGCUGCCUCUGCAGGCAGGGGGCUAGGGACUGCAGUCCCCUCCCUGGCCCCCUCCCCUGUUGUGCUGCAUGACCUGUGCACAGGCAUGUUCAGGGACAGGAUUGGAAUAUGUGUCAUCCGUGGCAUGGGGAACAGGGCCCCCAAGGGGCCUUCUUUCUGGUUCCAGCUCUUCUUGGCCUAACCUAUCCUGUGGGGAACCCAGGCUCAGAACAGAAGGUAGGAGACCAAGAUGACAGGUGGAACCCUGGCUUAACUACACUCUGAGACCUCCACGGCUGGGUGGGUCUGGCUCAGCUUCCAUACUGCAUGGAGGAUUUUGCUCUGUUCUGGGCAUGGAGGUACACAAGCUCCCUUCCCCACAAAUGCGGUUAUGAAGGCUCUGACCUCUAUAAUGUAUGCCUGGACCUCAGCAGGGAGAAGGCCAAAACUGGAUAUGAAAUUCA